UGGGUCAUCCGCUUACACCCGCGGGGCAGAUAAGCUAAAACGUGAGAUAUCUGGAAUGUUUCCUCAAGAAAAAUCCACAUCCUCAAACAAACAAAUAUUUCCUCAAAAUACACAGAUCGCUUCGCCAUGUCUUCCAAAACCGAAUUCCCGAUAACCACCACCCGGCCCUUAAAGCCCAGCGAAUCAGAAACCCCAGAGAACCUCAGCUUGAUCAAGGCACUAGGAAUGCAACUCCACAUUGAGGGUGGGUACUUCUCCGAGAUCGAUCGAAGUCCUCUGGAGAUCAAAUCGCCCUUCCAGCAAGACGAAAAGCGCAAGACAAGCGACCAGCGGAUCGUAGGUGGAAACAUCGACGAACGCAACCUGUCGACGUCGAUUUACUACCUCUUGACGGCGCAUUCUCCGUUUGGCUGCUUUCACAUCAACAAGGGUCGAACAAUACAUACCCUCGUUUCCGGCCGUGGGCGGUACAUCCUACUUCAUGCUGACGAGGACCGCGAGAAGGGGAAAGUGAGGGUGGAGACGUUUGUAGUAGGGAAGGAUUAUGAGAAGGGGGAGAAGAUGUGUUGGGUUGUUGAGGGAGGAAAGUAUAAGGCUAGCUUGUUGCUACCUGAAGAGGACGGGAGUGAUGGCGAAAAGUUGUUGAUUACGGAGACUGUGGUUCCAGGUUUCGAGUAUAUGGAUCAUGAUUUUCUAAGGAGGGAAGAGUACGAGGGACUGUUGGGCGGGAAGGGGAAUGAGGAGGUGAAGAGAGAAUUGGAAUGGCUAGUCCGACAAUAAGUGAAAUGGCAGCUGAAUAUCUACACAAUAGAGGUAGAAGCUUGCUAACGGAUAGAAGUUAUGAUUCGAAAUGGGAGAUAAUAACCGCAGAUGGUGGCAGCGAUUGUUGGUUCGGAGUUGCAAAUGAAUCAUUGAUCUAGUAGUGAGCAGAAGAGGCUGUGUGAAGAGCAUUCAACCUGCUUCGGCGUUAUUAUGGAUGAAAAGCAGAAUCUCCCACAACACCAAUAACUGCCAUCGGAGCAGUAAGUUGCCAGCACUUAAGUGCUUUGGGAUAAUGGUACGAGCAUAACGGUACGAGUAUAAUUCCAUUUAGGCAGCUCAUCAUGUAGGGAAGCCGACUACCGGUAGACCAUUGUGAAGAUCCCAAUCUUUCGAACACCCCAUUACGAG